AUGGAUGUGCCGCCGGUCAAGCUGUCGGAGCUGCUCCGGCACCCGGACGACCUCGACAAGAUCUCCGCGCUCAAGGCCGAGUUCUCGCGGAAAAAGGCGGCCGUCGACUCGCAGCUGCGCGCGGGCCUGCGCGAGCAGCUCGAGACGACCCAGUCCGGCAUGAACGGCCUGACCGACGGCCAAAAGACGGUGCAGCAGAUCAAGGACGAGAUGAUCAAGAUCGACAAGAUAUGCUCCGAGUCGCAAAACAUGAUCUCCGACUUUGCCACCAUCAACCUCGUGUCGCAGGCCCACCGCAACUUUGGCGCCGUCGAGACCAUGCGCCGCAACCUCGAGACCUUUGGCGAGCGUCUCGCCCAGAUCCAGGAGAUGCUGCGUCAGGAUGAUGAGGAUGCCGAGAAUAUGCCUAACUUACUGGCUGUGCACUACGAACUUACUCAGUUGCGCAACAUUCGCGACGACGCUAUCGAGCAGAUCCAGCGCGGCGAUGAUCCGAGCUUGCAGUCGACGCUUGAGGACUACUUUGAGCGGCUUGACGGGGCUAUCCAGUGGUUUGAUGAGCAUAUCAGUCUAAUUGCGAGGAGUCUGAUCAACCUUGUGGUUGCGGACAACACGAGUCUGGUGGUGCGCUUCGCGCUGGUGAUUGAGGCCGAGGAGAAGAGCGAUCAGCGGGUGCUGGCGCUGCAGGAGGCGCUUAAGGAUCACAAGGAAAUCGCCAUUCGGUUCCAAAGCAUUACAGAUGGCGCCAAGACGGUGCGGGGCUACAAGGAAAGGUUUCUGGAAUACAUUAAAGCUAUCGGCGAGUCCCAGUUCGAGGAGAGCAGGAAGGAGUUUAUGGCGGACCCAUCGGAGCUGGAAAAGAGCCUGCGAUGGUACUUUAACGACCUCAACACGGUCAGGCUGGGCAUGGUGCAGUUGAUGCCCAAGAAAUGGAAGAUUUACAAGACGUGGACAGACAUAUACCACAAGCUGAUGCACGACUUCCUCAUCGCCAUCAUCGAGGACCCCAAAACAACCUCCGAGCACACGCUCGAGGUGGUCGGCUGGCCCGAAAAGUACUACCGCAAGAUGAACAAGCUGGGCUUCAAGCAGGACGAGCUGACGCCGCACGUCAUUGACAACCGCGAGACGGAGCUGGUGCGCGACUUCCGGGCGCUCAUCAUCAAGUUCCUCGACGAGUGGAUCGGGCGCAUCUGGGCGCAGGAAGAAAAGGAGUUUGCCGAGCGCAACGUCGAGGGCGGCAACCUGGAGCAGGACGAGUACGGCUACUUCAGAAACAAAAACCUGGUCGACCUGUGGCGCAUGCUGCGCGGGCAGCUCGACGCGGCGGCCAACUCGAAGCGCGCCGACGUGGCCGAGGGCGUGGUCGACGCCAUGUUCCAGCGGCUGCGGCAGCGCCAGCAGUCGUGGCAAAAGAUGCUCGAGGACGAGGCGGCGCGCUACGAGUCCGGGAAGGUGGUGGAUUUGGAAGGGUUCCAGCCGCUCCAGGACUGGCUGGUGGCUACCGCCAACGACCAGAUUGCGUGCAUCGAUGAUAAUGAGGACGAGGGCCGCGUCGCGUACCUGACGGAUUUCAGGAAUAAGUUUAGUGCGAUUGUUUCGUCGCAGUACAUGGAACGCGCCGAGCUUGAGUUGGCUGCGCUACGCGACGGCUACCUCGACCUCAGCACGUGGUGCAUCACCAAGUUUGCCCAGCUGGUGUUUGCCGUCGACUUCAAGCCCGUCAUGCCGGAUUUCUUCACGUCCAAAUGGUACACCAGCACCGCCAUGGCGCGCAUGAUUGCAACCUUUGAAGAGUACGUGAGCGACUACCGGCAGGUCCUUCACCACUCACUAGUCGACAUCUUCACCGAAAUCUUUGCCGACGAGCUGCUCAUCCGUUAUCUAUCAUCGGUGCGCAACAAGGGCGCCAAGUUCCGCCGGACGGAUCCGUUCCAGGACAAGAUCUUUGACGAUCUCAAGACGGCGUUUGACUUUUUCAACAGCCUGCCCAACCCGGCGGUGGGCAAUUCCAUUAAGGAGACGUGGCGCGUGACAGAGCCGUUUUUGCAGCUGUUGUCGGUGGAGAAGGAGGCCGUGCCGGACACGUUUGAGGCGUUUAAAUCGGCGUACUGGGAUCUGCAGAUCAGCUGGGUCGAGGCUGUGCUUAGGUCAAGGGAUGAUUUUGAGAGGAGUAUGUUGAAUGCUGUUAAGGCGAGGGCCGCGCAGAUGGAGGUCGCUAGGGGGCCCGAGACGAUUAUGAGUAAGGUCAAGUGA